UCAGGCGAGCAGUACGGGCGCAGUAGUGCGAGCGUGGUGGUGGCGGUGGUGCAUCAGUUCGCGGACACACACCACACACGCGCACACACGGGCCGUCUCACAGCGCAGCGCCCGGUCAGACGGCCCCAGCCUGCGUGCGUCACUCGGCCGCGCUAGGCCCCGGAGGACCAUCAUCGUCGACAGCCGAAGUCAGCCCCCCUCCGUCGGACCUACUUUACUGCCCGGUUCGCCUCCCAGGGAGUCGCCUCGUGACAGCAUCGGCCGUCGGGUUAGUUUCGCCUUUGGCGGCAUCGCUUCGGAAACUACCGGGUCCGUGUGUUUCGGGAUCGAAGUGUUUCCACUCGCGCGAAGAAGUCGUGCCAACUCGGAUUCUCGAGCCUCCCCCUCGAAGAACGGAAGUGAUUCCGCGGUUCCGGCGCCUGCCUUUUGGCAGCCCGCUUCUUCCGUUCCGUUAUUCUGGACGUGUCUUGAAGUGCCUCGUCGGGACAGUGCCAACGGCGUCGCGGCAUUCCUUCAUCGCCUUACGUGCGCGCGAUUAACCCUCGUGGUCACCGACGUCAGGACGGAAUAGUGUUUUCUUCAGUGAGCGAUUCCUUGAUCGCUGGCGUGUUGUUGUAUUUUUGUAGGCUACUUUCCCAGCAUUCCUCUAUCUUAUGUUUUUUUUUUUUUUUUUCACUGUGCGUAGACAUCUUUUGUGAGAGUUGUGACCAUUGACUAGCUUUUGCUGGAUACUGUGCGACUGAGAAGAGUAGAAGCGACAAGAACGAAACUCAUUCUGUGGCUUUGAAGAAAGUCGUUUGGAUUUUUCGUCUCCUGCGUGUUUGCGGCUAAAGAGAAGAGGACUAGGAGCCAGGCACGGGUUCACAGACGUCGUAGUCAGGGUCCUGGUGCAUUCAUUGACUAUUGGACCCUCGUCUUAUACUAUAGGUGCACCUUUGAGGAGAGUGGCUGUCCGCUAAGGAUGACGACGUAAAAGCAGAGGUGCCUGUCUACGAGGAUGGAAACAAGAUUUCUAGCAGCGACAAUUUUCCUGGCAUGCGUGCUCGCGCCUUGCGGCCGCUGCCAGGAGGGCGUCCGCGACGACAGCCACGUGGAGAACGUGGUGCACAAGGCCGUCGCCGACGAGUUCAGCAGCGAGAUACUCACCAAUCGCACCAGAGCGUACCUGUCAUGUGCCUCCGGUGAGAUGGUGGUCAAAAUCAACUUCAGCGAGCCCUUCCGUGGCAUCACGUACGUGGAUUACGACAAGACCAGCCCCUGCAAGUUCUACGGCGACGGGAGGAAGUACUACGAGCUCAGGAUACCGCUCAAGGGGUGCGGCACCAAGCAGGAGGCCCCACGAGUUUUCAUCAACAAUAUCAUCGUACGCUUCCAUCGGUCCCUGGAGCUCGAAGAAGAUGAAAUAAAGACUAUCAUCUGCCGCUACCCGCCUCCGCUGGCGCCACCGCCUACCAACGUGAUAGCGCCUAUUAUCGAAGCCCCGCCAAUUUUGCCGGCUACGAAGCACCCGAAACUCUCCGAGGUCGAGUUGCUCCUCAUCAUAUGCGCGUUGCUGUUCCUGACGCUUCUACUGCUGGGCAUAGGAAUCGCUUACUACUGCCUGAAGAAACGCAACAUCAAGGUGGUCAAGAAGAAGAAGGGCAUCUCCUCGGCACCCGCUUCAGAGAUCACCAAGCUCAGUGGCUCAACCAUGGGCACAAUGUCUAUGUUUGACCCUAUUCGCAUACCACGCGCAAUGGCCGCCUCCACUUCCGGUUCAGAAGCUGCUCUGCUCACGCCUGUUUCCGCUCAGCGGUCCGAGACGAUACCAUCAGAUUACCCCAGCGAGUCGCCGUCCUCAGCGUCGGACGCCGAAGAGGUCGUGGAGCAGCGACACGUCGUCGUGUCGGCUGUCCCUGUACAGAAGCAGUACGAUAAUGCCGCCUUUGCAGCCGAGCCAUACCCGGUGGACGCUGAACGAGCCGAGUCUCUGUCUUCGGUCCAGAUAGCCACGGUCUACAAGCCGUCCAUACCCAGGGCCAAAGCGAAGCCAUAUCCGAUGGAUCAAGAACGCGAUGAAUCAGUGUCGUCUCUGCAACAGGCGCAGAUGAUCCUUAAGGCAGCCUCAGCGAAACAACAACAACUCCAGGCAAUAUCCGAAAGCGAAGACCAGCUUGACACUGAGACUGUGGAGAAGAGCUACGCGGCUGUGUCUCGUGUGGUCGCUGCGCCUCCGACCGCGUACAGGGUUGAGCCUCCAGUCUACACCAAGGUUCGCAAGAAGGAAGAGCCUCGACCACCGUCGCUGUAUGGCAGCAUCCCUGACAACGAUGACUGGUCUCACUCGGAAGUCGAGUUUGCCGCCGAUAUGAAGCCGCUCAUCCGAAAACCCAAGCGCACCACCCAGGUUCUCACAGACUACCUUGUCACCAAACAGGACGACACAGAUCUCCGCGAGGACGUGACAAAACGCCGCCAGGACAAGUUGCGUACUCUGGCGGUGCCGUCCGAGGCUCCGGAUUCUUCCGUGUCCGAGAUCACUGCCAUUCCCGAAACGGCGUUAGCUCCGCGUAAACCGAAAAUCACCGUCAAGAAUAUUGACGAGGUGUUCGUGACUACGGAGCACGAGACUAUUGCCACUGAGCAUGUCGUGAAGACGACGAAAGAUACCACAGAACAGCUCGUGAAAUCUCCGACGACACCGCCCUCUUGGGACGUGACUAUCAGGCACUACUCGCCGGAUGAUGAAGGACCAUCCGCACCGGGAUCGCCAGCUCCUCCAAGGUCGCCUUCUGGACAGCCGCCGUACACAGACAGACGAACCUGGGAAGAGGACACAACAGAAGUACAUCGCAGCACUGCCACAACCACUGCCGACCACCACCUCCGGACAAGCUUUUCACCGGAGCCGAAGAUACCGCGCACCACAUCGCCACCCCAGUGGGACGUUCUAAACAGGGUGAUUACCCCACCACCUGUCGAAGGUGUUGAAGAACUUACGCCUGACGUGAAAACCAAGUGGAGGACGCUCGUGACCGUCGACGACGUCUUCCGGACGCUCGUGCACGAGGCGACGACGACGGAGGAGUACGUCCGAAUCAGUCACGACUUCCGGUAUGAGGCCAUGUUCGAACGCCGCGUGUGGGACGUUAUCAUACGUGUCCUCACGCACCCGGACCACCUCCAUCCGCCCAUCCAGGCUGAAUUCCCGCCUGAGGUGAGACCGCCGCGUUACCGCAAGAACCAAGAACAGAGGCGGAAAUCGUCGCUACCGCACGUGCUCUCGGGCGCUGGCAUCCCAGCUGACCUGAGGUCCUUGCCAGAAUCACACCGGUCCAACUCGAUUGGCGACUUCGACAUGAGGUCUAUGACUGAGAUUGACGUAGACUUCUCGCGUCUCGAACGCGAGUCUAUCUCCAGCGAUGACACUGUGCGGACAGGUCUCAGCAUCACCGACCGAGCCACGUCUGAGUUUCUUGAGGACAUCCCCAGCGUCGAGGGCCGGGCUUCUAUCGACGGAUACCUGCCUGUCGUCGAGAGGAUGACUGCCGCUCCAGCUGUCGACACAGACGACGCUCGCAGCGAUGCUACUUUUGACAUUCCCAGCGGCAGAUUCGGGCCCGGCGGCUCCCAGGGUGCCAGUCGCACGUUUGUGGAGCGCUCUUCGAGGCAGUACUUCGAAGACUUGCCCGGCAGCCAAAGCAGGAUCACGUCGGACCACAUGAGGAUGCAGACGUCGAGGGUCGUGAGGACGGGAGGCCUGGAACGGGCGCCCAGCAUGGAUGGCAGGGAAGAAAUAAAGUCCAUCACUGAGCAGGACAUCUACGACUGGCUGCGAUGAUCAGUCAACUUGCAAGUCGCCGCGUCGGCGCUAACUUCUCGUGCGUAGUGGCGCACCACUGCCCCCGUAAGACUUGCUUUCACACGAGUGAUACUGUGCCACAAGAGGAUGGAAAGUGCACCGAUGGUGCGUGCUGCCUAACUCGAAUCCAGGAGCUCCCAAACCACGCAGUGAAUGCGACUGACGACAACAGAACUAAAUGUUGCGCAGCGAACUAACCGCUUGUUGUUGUUUUUCUUUUUUUUUGCCUGUGUGCUUCUUGCAACUGAUUGGUGACGAAUCGAGAGUGCAUCGAGAUAUUGUAACAUAUGAAGCAGAGUGUCGUCUGGCAUAAAUUUUCAGGCAGCGGCUGCCACAUUAUCUCGUGUGAUUCCCCAUAAGAUCCAACGCUUUCCAUUCUUAACAAAGAGGACGAGCUUCCUUGGUUGGUUUUCACGAACUUUACUCGUAUAAUUUUGGCUUUUGAUCUAGGUACAAUGUAAGACUCAUAGGAACUAUACAUCUGUGCAUAAAGUGCUAAUUGUGGCGUCUACUUCAGAAUUUUUAAAAAUAAAGUAGUUUACAAAGCUUGCCAUAAUCAAACUGCUUCCACUUCAGCAGUAUGUGUCAGUACAGCUUUGUGUAUAUGUUGAGAGCGUAAGGGGAAGCUUGGAAAUGGAGUCGUAUGACGGCGCCAGUCUCCCAAGUUUAAAAUAUCGAAUGCUUCUGGCGGUACUUGAAUCCGAACGUAUGUAUAAAUAACGUUCGAACUCAAGUGCUCGAAAUAUCGCGAGUCACUGUGUACGGUGUUAAAGGAAAGCCUGCCUGCGUGAGCGGUUUUACUGCCAUUUUGCGUCGUUUAGGCGGCCAGUUCAAAUCAACACAAACGGGAGUAAAAUAGUGCAUAUACUGGUAGCUUUGUUCCGUGUUAUUCUCGUUUACAGUGUGUUUUGUUCCCUUGAAGAAACCUUGCGCUGCAUAGACUGCUUGUUUUGUUUUAAAGCGUACAGUGUUCGCUGCCUUUGACAGAUUUAUGACGAGGCCCUACUGCCAUUUCUGUAUUUAUUAAUCGAGACGUGUUAAAGAUGAAAAUAAAGCGCACUUUACACCAUCGCUUAAGUAAUAAAAUUGAUUCUGGAA